UCAUUGUAGCUUUACGAUUUCUUUACGAAUUGAUGAUUCUCGAAGUCUAAUGACUGGUACUAGCAUUUCCUUGAACGCUCAAGUGAAGUACACAAACCCUGAACCAAGGAGAGAUAUCGUGGACAUCUAAGAACGCCGAUUUCCACCCCUCUACUCAGUCCCCGAAUAAACACCAUGGCCUCCCAAGACGCAGGCAAUGAUAGCAAAAUAUACGCCUUGAUAAACUACGAGGAUCCAUAUGUACAACCCCUCAUAUUGAAGGCCCUGGAGAACCGCCAGACGUCAGAGUCCUUUGAAUUAAUAUCGUCACUUGAAUCGCUUCCAGCUUCAACGUCAAGAGCCCUGCAAUUCCUCCAAUAUGAAUCUCUAGACUUCUCGCAUCUUCUAGAACAUCCAACAACUUCACUAGCCAACGCAUACGUGAUCCGGAAAGCUCUUAUUCGCAAGCACUACCUAUCAACCACGGUGGCUAACUGGAUCACGAAGCAUCCCAAUUCGGCUUUAGCCAAGGGCGUCAAGCCGAGUGUAGAGUUUGAAGUCGAUUAUGCAGCGUUUCUUGACGAUGCCUUGGUAGAAGCCUUCGAAUUGAGGGAGAGUUGGGAGAGGGGCGAGGGGAAGGAAUCAUCUGAGCGAGAGUGGUGGAUUUUGAAGCCUGGGAUGAGCGAGAGAGGGCAAGGGAUCAGGUUGUUUUCGUCCGAGGAAGAGCUUACUGAAAUAUUUGAGGAGUGGGAUCCAGAGUCGGAUGACGAGGAGGAGGACGAUGCAGAUGCGAGGAGUGACCAGGACGGAAGGGAUGAGGGAGAGGCGACUGGAAACGGGAUUAUUACUUCGCAACUUCGACAUUUCAUCGCUCAGCCGUACAUCCAUCCUCCACUGCUGCUAUCUCCUACGAACCAACCGGAAGAUGGAAGUGUUCGAAAGUUUCAUAUACGAACGUAUGUGGUUGCUGUGGGUGCACUGAAAGUCUACGUUUAUAAACCGAUGCUCGCGCUCUUCGCAGCUCGACCCUACACGGCACCUUGGGAAUCCCCCAAUGACGAUGAAAGCUUGCGAGCGCACUUGACAAAUACCUGCUUGCAAGAUAGCUCCGAACGCGACGGGUCUGUCGCCGCUUUCUGGUCAUUGUCAGAUCAUUUACCAAAUGAUGUAAAGGUCGAAUCGACGACUCCAUGGAAGGACAAGGUUUUCGAGCAGGUCUGCAAACUCACAGGAGAAAUUUUUGAGGCUGCUGCUCGCUCGAUGAGCAUACAUUUCCAACCUCUCCCCAACAGCUUUGAAAUAUUCGGCCUCGACUUCAUGAUCGGCAUUGAAUCCGACGCAUCUCUACAAACUUAUCUUUUAGAGGUCAAUGCAUUCCCGGAUUUUAGGCAGACCGGACAGGAACUCAAGGGCCUAGUUGAGGGAUUGUUCGAGGGAGUGGUUGAUGUUGGCAUAGCGCCAUUCUUUGACUUCAAGGACACAACAGACGGACGGGUGGAUAACAUGAGGAAAGUACUUGAUGUAGACUUAGGUCGACGAUAGCCACACCCUCUUGGAAGUUAUGGUGUCUAUAAUGAUAUCGGUAAUGAGGUCGUCGCGUUGACGUUGAUAUAAAGUACUGAGUCCCC